UGCGGCGGACGCCGGAAAUUGUUUUUGUUUUGUAAUUCUAUGCUAGGGCUGCACAGGUAUUAGUGUCUGUCAGUGUUAGCCAAUGCAAGCCAGCGCCCCUGUAUUGGUGGUGGAGCAGACAAUGCUGCUUGCAGUUCAAAAGGGCAGACACCGAGAAGCAGCACCAAAAGUAGAAACACAAUAACCAACUAGCAAGCAUUUAAGCAAACUCGCUCACCUCUCAAUGUGUGCGUGUGUGUUUGUCUAUGUGUGUGUAAAUUAGUGAGUGUGUGCGUGGUUCUUUUGGCGAAUAUACGCAAACAAAUCAAAUUAUAAUGGCCAACACUAGCUGUGAGUAUUUGCCGUGUGCUCAAUAUUCAAAUUCAAGCUAGAAAGUGUCGCGUGCGAAAGUGUUGAAAUAAAAGCAGCAACAGAAACGGCAACCGCAUAAUUUUUUUUAUUUCGCUGAAAACUAAAACCUGUUCUAGACGCCAAGUGCAAGUUACACACACACAUCUACUUAUACCUGCAUACAAAAAACAAAAGAGAGCAGAAGAAGGCAAUAAACAAAAAACCCAACGAAAGGAAACUAAUGCUCAAUGUGUGCACUGCGAUUUAUCUGAACCUCACUUAAAAUACAGAGAAAAAAGAGAAUAUAAUUUAAAAAAAUAAACUUCAAUACGAAUAGAACGAUCAUGGCUAUGACUGCCACUGCCUAUGCGUCAGCAACGCACGUCACACAACAACAGCAGCAGCAGCAGCAACAACAACAACAACAACAACAAACAACAAAUCAGCAGAGACAGCAACAACGACUGAGCCGUGCGCGCACGAAAAACGCAGCUCAACUGACGUCGACGCUGACGCCGCUGCUCAAGCGCGCCAUUUCAGCGCCCCAAUGGAUAUUUCUCUUCAUUUUAAUUUAUUUAGCAACAGAUGUUGGCGCAGUGGAGGUGCACACGAAGGAGGCAUAUUUCAAUGGAUCUGCUUAUCUGCGCCUGCAGACACCAAUGCCCACCUGGGACCACUCGGCGAUCAGUUUCCGCUCGUGCCGCGGCGGCGAAAUACUCGCCCAGCAAUAUAACAAAAACUCAAUUGUAAUCUCAGUGCUCAACGAUUUCCUGCAAGUCUCCCUUGCCGGACCGGCCGUCAUCGGGCUGAACAAUCGCCUGGACGUCAGAUUGCCCUACCAACUGCUGGACAAUCGCUGGCAUACGCUGCAGUUCAAAUACGAGUAUGGUAAUCUCUAUUUGCAUGUGGAUCGUGAGGCAAUUAUAUUCGCAAACUCGACGUACAAUAGUCAGUUUCUGACCAAUCAGGACAUUGGUAACGAACUAGCGAUUCUCAUCUUGGGCAACUCAUUCUCGGGCUGCCUGCUGGAUGGACCAGGACUGCAGUUCGUGAAUGCAUCCAAGCAGAACGCUGUCUUCGGCGUCUGUCCACUCUCCUAUGGGCCGUGCAGCGAUCACGAGCUGUUUACGCGGCUGCAGGACAACUAUUGCCUGAACGAUCCCUGCAUGGGGCAUGGCACCUGCACCUCGAAUGCCGAUGGCUACGAGUGCCGCUGCACAGCACGUUACUCGGGCAAGAAUUGCCAGAAGGAUAAUGGAUCGCCGUGUGGCAAGAAUCCCUGCCUGAAUGGCGGCACCUGUCGCGAGAAUUCACGUGGCGACUAUCAGUGCGUCUGUCAUGCGAAUCACAGUGGCGAACACUGUGAGACCGAGGUCAAUAUUCAUCCACUCUGCCAAGCGAAUCCCUGUUUGAAUAAUGGCGCCUGCGUUGUGCUCGCCGGCAGCUCCAGUCCCACGUGCGAGUGCCCCAAAGGUUAUACCGGCAGCCGCUGUGAGAUCGAUAUGGAUGAGUGCGCCUCGCAGCCGUGCCAGAAUAAUGGCAGCUGCAUUGAUAGCAUCAAUGGCUUCAGCUGCGACUGCAGCGGCACCGGCUACAUGGGCGCCUUCUGCCAGACGAACAUCGAUGAGUGCGAGCAGAAUCCCUGCCUGAACGGCGGACGCUGCUACGAUACCUAUGGCGGAUACACCUGUCAGUGCCAGGAUGGCUGGCAUGGCGAGAUCUGUGAGAAGCCCAUCAGCUGCCAGACGCAGCAGUGCCUCAAUGGUGGCACCUGUGUGGACAAACCCAUUGGAUUCCAAUGCAUCUGUGGACCCGAAUACAGCGGCGAACUGUGCCAACUGGGACCCAGUUGUGCCCAACAGUGUCCCAUCGAUUCGGAGUGUGUUGGCGGCGUAUGUAUGUGUAAGCCAGGCACAUCGGCUUCCGAUUUGGAGCUGCCAACUCCGCUUGAAAUGGACAUGGUCUUACAAGGGGCGGGCAUGGGCGAGGGCGAUGGCGAGGGGGAAACAGAAGCGAGCACACUGUGCGCUGGUGGCAAGAAGAAACGCUACAUUUCACCCGAGUGGCUCAAACGCAAGCGAUGUGAGCUAAAAUUGAGUUACAACUGCCAGCAGAGCACGGGAGAUGGCGCCACCGCAUUGGCCCUGACGCCCAUCAAUUGCAAUGCGACGAAUGGCAAGUGCCUCAAUGGAGGCACCUGCUCCAUGAAUGGUACUCAUUGCUACUGUGCCGUCGGCUACUCUGGCGAUCGUUGUGAAAAGGCCGAGAACUGUUCGCCAUUGAACUGCCAGGAGCCGAUGGUCUGUGCCCAGAACCAGUGCAUAUGUCCGGAGAAUAAAGUGUGCAAUCAGUGCGCCACACAGCCCUGCCAGAAUGGUGGCGAGUGCAUCGACCUGCCCAAUGGGGAUUACGAGUGCAAGUGCCAUCGCGGCUGGAUGGGUCGCAAUUGUGCCAAUGAUGUGGACGAAUGCGUCCUCCAGCCAAAUAUCUGCGGCAAUGGCAUCUGCAAGAACGAGAAGGGCUCCUACAAGUGCUACUGCACGCCGGGAUUCACGGGCAUCCAUUGCGACUCCGAUGUGGAUGAAUGCCUCAGUCAUCCGUGCCUGCACGGUGCCGCCUGUCACAACAAGCAUCGGAUUUUGAGACAAAUCAAUGCUUACGAGUGCGACUGCAAGCCGGGUUAUCAGGGAGAGAACUGCGAGAUCGACAUUGAUGAGUGCAUCAGUAAUCCGUGCUCGAAUGGCUCCACCUGCAUAGACAUGAUUAACAAUUUCACGUGCAACUGCAUACCCGGAAUGACGGGUCGCAUCUGUGACAUCGACAUCGAUGACUGCGUUUCGGCGCCGUGCCUCAACAGUGGCCACUGCAUAGACGAGUUGGGUGGCUUUCAUUGCGACUGCAGCGGCACUGGGUAUGAGGGCAAGAACUGUGAGCUCAAUAUUGAUGAGUGCAUCUCGAAUCCCUGCACGAAUGGAGCCAUGUGCAUCGAUCAGGUUAGGGACUAUCACUGUGAGUGUCAUGCGGGCUACAAGGGCAAGAACUGCGAACAGGAUAUCAAUGAGUGCGAGAGCAAUCCCUGUCAAUACAAUAGCACCUGCUUGGAGCGCUCCAAUUCCACAUUGUAUCAGUUAAGCAGAGUUAUGGACUUGCCCAAGGUGUUUAGUCAGGCCUUCAGCUACGAGAAUGCCAGCGGAUAUGAAUGCGUUUGUGUGCCGGGCAUUAUUGGCAAGAACUGUGAGAUUAAUAUUAAUGAGUGCGAGAGUAAUCCCUGCACGAAGCAUGGCACCUGCAACGAUGGAAUUGGCACCUACACCUGUGAAUGCGAUCCGGGUUUUGAGGGCACCCACUGUGAGAUUAAUAUAGAUGAAUGUGAUCGCUAUAAUCCCUGCCAUAAUGGCACCUGCAUCGAUCAGAUUAACGACUACGAUUGCGACUGUGAUGCCAACUUUGGUGGCAAGAACUGUUCGGUGCCGUUAAUUGGCUGCACAACGGGACCCUGCCUAAAUGGCGGCACCUGUCGCCCCUUUUUAGUUAACGAGACGAUUCAUCUAUUCAACUGCUCCUGUGAGCAUGGUUUCCAGGGUGACAAGUGCGAGAAGACCACCACUCUCUCCAUGGUUGUGAGCAGCCUGAUAACGGUAAAGACGCAACGUGAUGAGGGCUACGACAUCAAUUUGCAGUUCAAGACGACGUUGCCAAACGGCGUCCUGGCUUUUGGCACCUCCGGUGGCCAGAAUGAGCCCGUUAGCUAUAUACUGGAAUUGAUAAAUGGACGCUUGAAUCUGCAUUCGUCGCUGCUGAACAAAUGGGAGGGCGUUUUCAUUGGCUCCAAGCUAAAUGACAGCAAUUGGCAUAAAGUGUUUGUGGCCAUCAAUACGUCACAUCUAGUGCUCUCGGCCAACGAUGAGCAGGCCAUAUUCCCAGUGGGCUCCUAUGAGACAGCCAACAAUAGCCAGCCCUCAUUUCCGCUAACCUAUCUCGGCGGCACCAUACCAAAUUUGAAAUCGUAUUUACGCCAUUUGACGCAUCAGCCAUCAAGUUUUGUCGGUUGCAUGCAGGAUGUUGUCGUCAACGGUAAAUGGAUCUUUCCCGAUGAGCACGGCGAGCACGAUACGGAUGAGAAUACAAAGCUGUCCUACGUCCAGAGCGGCUGUCCACGCACCGAGCAAUGCAAACCGAAUCCCUGUCACUCCAAUGGCGAAUGCACAGAUCUGUGGCACACAUUCGCCUGCCAUUGUCCCAGGCCCUUCUUUGGGCAUACCUGUCAGCACAAUAUGACAGCUGCCACAUUUGGGCAUGAGAAUACCACACACUCAGCUGUGAUUGUGGAGACGACGGACGUGGCCAGACGUGCUAUACGUUCCAUUUUAGAUAUAUCCAUGUUUAUACGGACGCGAGAGCCAACUGGUCAAGUCUUCUACUUGGGCAGCGAUCCGCGCAAGAUGCCCACGAAGAAUGUUGGAGACUCUUAUGUGGCAGCUAAGCUGCAUGGCGGCGAGUUGCUGGUAAAGAUGCAAUUCAAUGGCACCCCGGAGGCAUAUACGGUGGGUGGACAGAAGCUGGACAAUGGCUACAAUCAUCUGAUCGAGGUGGUGCGCAAUCAGACAUUGGUGCAGGUCAAGCUCAAUGGUACCGAGUACUUCCGGAAGACGCUGUCGACGACGGGUCUGCUGGAUGCACAGGUGCUCUACUUGGGCGGACCGGCGCCAACGCGCGAAUCUCUGCUGCCCGCCAGCACUGAGCCGGGUCUGGAAGAGAGCAGCGUGAUGGCCAGCGGCGGCACGGCAACCAAGGAGACGGACGAUAGUAAGGACUACUUCAAGGGCAUCAUACAAGAUGUGAAAGUGAGCAACGGUUCGCUCAUUAUGAUCGUCGAGAUGUAUCCCCUGAAUGUGACCGAUGUGAAUGUAAAUGCCAAACCCUUCGGAGCGGUUAGCAUUGAUCGCGCCUCAGUGCUGCCCGGUGAGGUGUCCGAUGAUCUGUGCCGCAAGAAUCCCUGCAAACACAAUGCCGAGUGCCGCAACACGUGGAACGAUUACAGCUGUAAAUGUCCAAAUGGCUACAAGGGCAAGGAUUGUCAGGAGAUUGAGUUCUGUCAGUUGGUCACCUGUCCCGGCGGCAGUGUCUGCCAAAAUCUGGACGAUGGCUACGAGUGCCUGACCAAUAUCACAUUCACCGGCCAGGAACACGCACCGCUGGCAUUCUCAUACUUCAAGGAGCAGCUGCCCGAUGAGAUUGGCGUCACGAAGCAACCGCUACUCAAACCCAUCAUUGAGAUUGCGUAUCGCACUCGAGCCGGCGGCACUUUGCUUUUCAUUGACAACCACGACAGUUUCUUUGAGAUCGGCGUGAAUGGUGGCCGUGUCACGGUCACCUGGAAGCUAACGCAGCUGCACAUUGGCGAGUCCGGACGCUUCGAGAAGGAGAACACCGAUGGCGAAUGGAGUCACAUUUAUUUGCGUGCGCAUGGUAGUAAAUUGGAGGGUGGCUGGAAGGGUUGGGAAUCCAUGGUGGAUCCCACGCCUGGCUUCUCCACGGACAUCGAUCAGGCAGCGUUCCAGGAGCUGCUCUCCAGCAGCACCCAGGUCUAUUUGGGCGGCAUGCCAGAGUCGCGUCAACUGCGCGGCUCCACACAAUCCUCGCAGCAGGGUUCCCAGUUCAAGGGCUGCCUGGGCGAGGCACGCGUCGGUGAUCUGCUGUUGCCUUACUUCUCCAAUGCUGAACUCUAUCCACACACCGAGAAUGUGUCCGUGCAAUUGCAGGCGCAGUUCCGCCUGAACUCGACACGGCCCGCAGAAGGCUGCAUUCUAUGUUUCCAGGCGGACUGUAAAAAUGGCGGCUAUUGCAAUGCACCCAACGAGGAAUACGCUUGCGCCUGCCAGCCGGGAUACGAGGGCGACGACUGCGCCACGGAUAUUGACGAGUGCCUCAACACAAUCUGCCAGAACAACGGCACCUGCAUCAACCAGGUGGCGAACUUCUUGUGCGAGUGCCAGCCCGGCUUUGAGGGUCGCUACUGCGAGCUAAAUAUCGACGAAUGCUCCAACCAUCCAUGCCACAAUGGUGGCAACUGCACCGAUCUGAUCGCUGCCUACCACUGCGAGUGUCCCGAUGAAUAUACGGGUGUCCAGUGCGAAGCGCUCAAGCAGAUGACCUGCGAGAAUGAACCCUGUCGCAAUGGCUCCACCUGUGAGAAUGGAUUUAAUGCUCAAACCGGCAAUAACUUUACCUGUACCUGCGCUGUGGGCUUUGAGGGACCGCUGUGUGACACGCCCUUCUGCGAGUCGACGCCCUGCGCUAAUGGAGGCCUCUGUCUGACCACCAAUACCAUACCCACUUGCAAGUGCAGUUUGGGCUACACGGGACGCUUUUGUGAGGAGGAAAUCGAUGAGUGUGCAUCCAAUCCCUGCCAGAAUGGUGGCCAGUGUCACGAUCUUGUGGGUGGCUAUCAGUGCAACUGUCAGUCAACUGGCUUCGAGGGAGUCCACUGUGAAAAUGACAUCGACGAGUGCAUCCAGGCUGUGGAGUAUUGUGGCGGACUCGGACGUUGUUUCAAUAUGCCGGGUAGCUUUAAAUGCAUCUGCCAGAAACCGUAUUGCGGCGCCUUCUGCAACUUUACCGACCCCUGCAAUACGCUCAACAUUUGCGCCAAUGGCGGACAGUGUAUGGAGAAUUGUGGCGAUGUGCCGGAUUACACUUGCAAUUGCACUGAGGGUUUCGCGGGCAAAAACUGCACUGCGCCGAUUACGGCUAAAGAUGACGGUCCAUCGACAACAGACAUUGCCAUCAUUGUCAUACCAGUUGUUGUCGUGCUGUUGCUGAUCGCUGGUGCUCUUCUGGGCACAUUUUUGGUAAUGGCUCGGAAUAAGCGGGCCACGCGAGGCACCUACAGCCCCAGCGCGCAGGAGUACUGCAAUCCUCGGCUGGAAAUGGACAAUGUGCUGAAGCCACCGCCAGAGGAACGACUUAUAUAGUUAAACCAAGCCCCGCCUCAAUAUAAACAGAAAGAUAUUUUUAAAAUCCGCCCAUAUAGGUACAUGUUGUACUAAGUUCGUCUUAUUAAGCUAAGGGUGCUCGCAAAGCAACAGCCAGGCUUCCACAGAGCAACUCUACACCAAUCACCACAAAGGCUUGGACUUGAUGCCUACGCUUUAGUUAGUUAAUAACGCCGUUUUCUAUUUAUUUAUAGCGAGUAGUUUGUAUGGCAAUCACUUUAUAGUCGUUACAUAGUUACAGUUUAGUUUCAGUAUUCGGCAUCAUUCAACAGAAUAAAUGAGUAGACUAUCUUAAAGCUGCGAACAAAGUUGUGCUGCACACAAAACAGAAAUGCGAGACGAGAAACACGAAACACGAAUCGAAAAACACGAAAUGCAAAUUAAAAUAGAAAUAGCAAGCAAAAUAAAUCAAUCAAUUCAACACAUUCCAAGCGGGAAGCCCUUAAAUACGUUAAUGUACAAGUAAUGUUUUUGUAAAUAGAUUUGCAUGACCUUUUUAAACUAAAUUAGCUGAGCUAAAUAAAAUCCUAAAUACAUAUUAACACACACUCACACACAUAUAUAUGUUUAUUUAUAUAUGCAACUGUGUAUAUGUAUAUCAGUUAUUGUGGCCUUAUACAAAAAGCAUGAGAACUAAUUGUACCUAGUUGUUUAAGUAAAUCAAAUAUUUUGCUCUACACUUUUUAAGCGUAAACUUAAGAGACUGUACUAUAUAUAUAAAUUCAUAUAAAAAUUCGACUUUUUUCAACAAAAAAAAA